AUGUCUCCCGCUCGAGUUCUCGAGACUAUCCACAAAGAGAAUGAGCUCCAAACACUAACUUCCGCGCUGGAUGCGUUAUUGGUGACUGCCCAUCAGCUGAGCUUGAGGGAACAGGAUUUACAGCGAAGACUCAGAGUUGCGCAUGAUGAGUAUAAAAGAUUAGUCGACCGAGUCGAAAGUGGAUUUUCCGACGUAGAAAAAACAGCCGUAUUGGAAAAGAUUCGUCCAGACGAUGUUUCCCAACCUCUGCCGAAAUUAGAUCCGUCCCUGAAACCGCUAGACGUGGUGAGCCACCUCCGCGGCUCGGGACACAUCCAGCCUCAGUUGGCCGAUGUCGUAGUGGCGGGGAUCAUAUAUUCGCGAUCGAUAGCAGAGCGAUCGUCAGUUGGUAAUUCGAGUGUCGAGGUUAAUCCGUGCGUAGUGGCUGCAAAGGCUCACGCUCGGCGACCUUCACUCUAUGAACGAGAUUUCACAACGACUAAUGGCGUAACGGGGAGUCUUCGCUGUCCUUUUGCUAAGCCUACGGGAAAUGGGAAUGGAAAAUCCACCACAGCCACCUAUCAAGAUGGGCAGAGCAGUACUACUAAAUGCGGGUUCGAUCCCAUCAAAGCAGAUCUUUCCCAGGAUCGAGUAUCCAGUGCAGGCGCGUCUGCGAGAUCGUCGACGGCGGCAGCAGCUCGCUGUCCGAUCCGAUACAUGGAUGACCACUCACCCGAAGAACUGGCCAAGUACUUCGAGAACCACAAACAUGAAAUCCCGCGCAGCCACGCGAUAUGUGUAAACCGGUUCCAGAGGAAUCAGACGACCAUGAGGCAGAUUGAUGCUAAAUAUGGCAGUUUGGUUUCCAUGAUCCAGGGCCUCGGCGAGAAACAUAAAGCGCUUCUUCCGGAGGCGGAGCGGAAUGGAAACGGCACUAGCCCGUCUGAGCGCGUUGAGAAAUGGGCAGAAGAUGUCAGUUCCAAGUCGCCGCAUCCAGCAACGCUGAGCACAGUGGAAGAGGAUGAUGCGCCUGGUGAAGCGGAUGCGCUUGACAAAACGCACGAAGAAGAGGGCGACGAGAGAAUGAGCCAUUUUGAACGUCCCCUGCGGGAAAUUCGCGUUGGUGAAUCGCCUAGUCGGCCUUGGGGUAUACCUGUGCCUGUGACACACCAGCAGCUGAGUGCUGUCAACAGUCCUGUUGCCCAGGUUCGUAUCCAUAGCCCCGAGUUGAAAACGCCGAAGCCGACGGACAGCGACAUUCAACAACUUCAAGACAAUUCGCCCACUCCAGCACGGCCAAGGGGUAAAUGUCCAUUUGACCAUACAGCGUUUAUGAAGAAGCCUCCUGCUGCUGCUAUCGCGGCAGAGAAUUCUACUCCGGACAAACGUAUCCGCGCUGACGAGGCAAAGCCGCAAGUACAGUCACAAACGCAAGCACAAGCUCCGAGCACUAAUUCAAAUCCAAAUCCAAAUCCAAAUCCAUCGCAAAUGGUUUUUAAUGGGCCUGUGUUUUUUGGGUAUUCGGCGGAAGAAACGGCGGCAUUGAUGCAGCAGCUGUCCAAUGCCAAGUGA